AUGCCAAUACUUAUACCGAAAGCCCUUCAGGGAUUAUACUUCUUGUGUGAACCAAUAGCUGAUGGGUCUUUCGGCAAGCUGUAUUUAGCGAUUCAUGCACUUACUCGUCAGCAGGUUGCUAUAAAAAUAAUCGACAAAAGGAAACUUGGUGGCGAAGCCUUUCGUGUUCGGGGAGAAAUUGAGGCUCUUAAACGCCUAUCUCAUCCUAACAUAUAUUCGCUGUAUCAUGUUAUUGAGACGGACACUACGUUCUACCUUAUUUUAGAGUACGUCCCCGGAGGCGAGCUAUUCGACUAUAUCUUGCAUCACGGUAGUCUUCGCGAGCCCCAUGCUCGUUUGCUAUUUCGGCAAUUGGUAUCAGCAGUUGGGUAUUCUCAUUCAAAAGGGAUAGCUCACCGCGAUCUUAAGCCAAAUUCAGACAACACUUAUCUCGACACCUAUUGUGGAUCCUUAGCCUACGCAGCCCCGGAGGUCAUUGCAAACCGGGAAUAUAGUGGCCCUGCGGCGGAUAUUUGGUCAAUGGGUGUUAUCCUCUAUGCCAUUCUCUGUGGAUGUCUACCGUUUGACCCAUCCAGACCAGAGAAACUACCCAAAUUGAUUGCUCAUUUUAUCCUCGUACAGAAAGGCCAGUAUGUGAUUGACGAAUCAUUGAGUAAAAGUAGUCGUUGCUUGAUCUCGAAAAUGCUCUGUGUUGAUCCGGAAGAGCGAAUCACGAUGAGCGAGCUCUGCAAACACCCAUGGGUUAUGGAGGAUUGGGGUAGUCCAAUCGAUCUCCUCGUGGACAAUAAACAGGUAAUUUUUUUAAAAUAA